AUGAAGGAGACGGAGCCUGCAGAGAGGCUUCUUGAAACAAUUUGGUGAAAUGGGGCCUCACUAGCAGCACGCAGCUGAAAAAAUAUACCCGCACACAAGCCUUGACAUUCUGUUUCAGGUUAACUUUCCCAGUUUCCUGGUUAAAAAAUAAUAAUAAUUCUGACUGUACACAGCUCCUAGCAUGCACAAUGCCUGGGAGAGAGCCAGAUGUAGAGUUACUGGGCUAGAGAGCUAGAGGGAAAGAUUUUAAGAUCCAGGCAGAGAUCAACUCCAACAUCUGGUUUCAGCUACAGGGUAAAGGGCUGAUUUUCUUUCCCCUGUGGAAAUACAGAUCUGUUGCUAAAGCACAAUUUAGCAGUGUUCCUUUCAGCCAUCUUUUAUGGUUAAAAUGACAAGACAUUUAGAUCCAGAUCUGUCCUGGUCAUUAUCCUGACUCAAAUUAAAAUGUUAGCCUUGUUUCCAGUAGAAGUUAACUAUAUACUGAACAAAAAUAUAAAAACCGUAGCCUGAUGUAGUACGUCCGGUAUGGGUCAUCCUUUCACUGGGACGCGCUCUGGUAUGGGUCAUCCUCUCACUGGGACGCGCUCUGGUAUGGGUCAUCCUCUCACUGGGACGCGCUCUGGUAUGGGUCAUCCUCUCACUGGGACGUGCUGGGUUGUGUUCUGGGUCAUCCUCUCACUGGGACGCGCUGGGUUGUGUUCUGGGUCAUCCUCUCACUGGGACGUGCUGGGUUGUGUUCUGGGUCAUCCUCUCACUGGGACGUGCUGGGUUGUGUUCUGGGUCAUCCUCUCACUGGGACGUGCUGGGUUGUGUUCUGGGUCAUCCUCUCACUGGGACGUGCUGGGUUGUGUUCUGGGUCAUCCUCUCACUGGGACGUGCUGGGUUGUGUUCUGGGUCAUCCUCUCACUGGGACGUGCUGGGUUGUGUUCUGGGUCAUCCUCUCACUGGGACGUGCUGGGUUGUGUUCUGGGUCAUCCUCUCACUGGGACGUGCUGGGUUGUGUUCUGGGUCAUCCUCUCACUGGGACGCGCUGGGUUGUGUUCUGGAUCAUCCUCUCACUGGGACGCGCUGGGUUGUGUUCUGGGUCAUCCUCUCACUGGGACGUGUUGGGUUGUGUUCUGGGUCAUCCUCUCACUGGGACGUGCUGGGUUGUGUUCUGGGUCAUCCUCUCACUGGGACGUGUUGGGUUGUGUUCUGGGUCAUCCUCUCACUGGGACGUGUUGGGUUGUGUUCUGGGUCAUCCUCUCACUGGGACGUGCUGGGUUGUGUUCUCUCCCAUCCUCUCACUGGGACGUGCUGGGUUGUGUUCUCUCCCGGAGUCCCCACUGAACCCAAUGCCCCUCCCAGACAAGCUUGGGUCCCAGGAUGUAAAUGAAGAGCACAUGUUGGAUGAAAUGUAUAUGUUGUGAGACCGGGUCAGCUUCCCCCAUGUGUAGGCAGUGUUAGUUUAUCCUCCUGCCACUAGGCUAGAUGUGGGAGGCUGGUUCAACACAGCAACACGUUGCAGGCUGUGAUAUGGUGCGUCCAGUGGAGCUGGCUUGUUGCUUCUUUAGUUGAGCUGAAGUUGUCUCCUUUAUGUGCUCUUGGUGGAAAACCAUUUGCCUUGACGCUGAUAGUUUCAUAUUUCUCUGGUCUCUCCACACAGGCUCGUCUUCGGGACUCUGUAUCCUGCAUACUAUUCCUACAAAGCAGUGAAAACCAAAAACGUCAAGGAAUAUGUAAGUACCAAAACCCUUAUUUCCACAUCAUUGAUUUCAUCAUACUAGUGUGUAUUAAGGUGUCUGCAAUAGAAUACAUGUGAUAAACGGAUGCAUUUUCUAAAGCUUCCAAAAGAUGUUUCCAAUGGUGGGGGAGUGCCAAGAUGGGGGCAUGGGGACUUCAACACAGGGAUCUAGUGUAUUUAUGAUUCAUUGGGUGAACCCCAUGCCACUUACCGGUACUCCAUGUCUGGUCUGAAGGUAUUGAGAACAAGUCCAGGCAUGUGAAUGGGAGUUAACUGCCUAUGACUGGAUCAAACACAGUGACAUGCUCGCUAUCUAUCUGUGGAGACUUGCAGCAGGACACUGUAAAGGCUGGGCUCCUGCCCUUACUAGAAUGAUCCCAGCAGGUGCCUUACAGGAAUGCUAAAUUGAGCAUGUGGCCAACAGGUUUAGGAGAGAUUAGUUUCGAGAAUAUCCUCAGUCUCCUCUCAGCCCUCUCUCCUCCUCCAUCUCACCAUGCUACUCUCCCGCUCUCCUCAGCCCUCUCUCUCCUCCUCCAUCUCACCCUGCUACUCUCCCUCUCUCCUCAGCCCUCUCUCUCUCCUCCAUCUCACCAUGCUACUCUCCCGCUCUCCUCAGCCCUCUCUCUCCUCCUCCAUCUCACCCUGCUACUCUCCCGCUCUCCUCAGCCCUCUCUCUCCUCCUCCAUCUCACCCUGCUACUCUCCCGCUCUCCUCAGCCCUCUCUCUCCUCCUCCAUCUCACCCUGCUACUCUCCCUCUCUCCUCAGCCCUCUCUCUCUCCUCCAUCUCACCAUGCUACUCUCCCGCUCUCCUCAGCCCUCUCUCUCCUCCUCCAUCUCACCCUGCUACUCUCCCUCUCUCCUCAGCCCUCUCUCUCUCCUCCAUCUCACCAUGCUACUCUCCCUCUCUCCUCAGCCCUCUCUCUCCUCCUCCAUCUCACCAUGCUACUCUCCCUCUCUCCUCAGCCCUCUCUCUCCUCCUCCAUCUCACCCUGCUACUCUCCCGCUCUCCUCAGCCCUCUCUCUCCUCCUCCAUCUCACCCUGCUACUCUCCCGCUCUCCUCAGCCCUCUCUCUCCUCCAUCUCACCCAUGAGGGUCACACUCUCAGUGUUAGGAUGUUCUGUUAUCAUCAAGUCUUUCACUUUCUAGAUACUAAAUGUACAAGUAAAGAGUGUAGGGCCUACAUAAGACUUGUCAUUCCCGGAAGUAACUGGGCCAUUUUCCUGGAAUGAUGAGUGUUCAGAUUGAAAGUUAAUUUCAGUAAACCCUCGAGUCAGACUUUAACUGGCUGGGUUGGUUGUAGAACACUGAGUACAGAGCAUUUUACCACCAAGCCAUUUCAGAACAUGUCAUUACUGUGGUUACGCUUGUCUUUUAAAUGCACAGUGAACGGCAGACUGGUAAUUGAGAAACCUCCCCUGAAAAUAGCCUGGACAAAUCACGCUUUGUUGUUGCUCUUUUUAUAGUUGCUUGUUUGCUCUGAAGUAAAUAUGAAAAGUCUUUAUACAUCUGCUUAUAUCACUACAUAUAGGACUAUAGUAGAGUGCUGAGCCCAUGUAAAGUGACUAUAUCACUACAUAUAGGACUAUAGUAGCCUGCUGAGCCCAUGUAAAGUGACUAUAUCACUACAUAUAGGACUAUAGUAGCCUGCUGAGCCCAUGUAAAGUGACUAUAUCACUACAUAUAGGACUAUAGUAGACUGCUGAGCCCAUGUAAAGUGACUAUAUCACUACAUAUAGGACUAUAGUAGCCUGCUGAGCCCAUGUAAAGUGACUAUAUCACUACAUAUAGGACUAUAGUAGCCUGCUGAGCCCGUGUAAAGUGACUAUAUCACUACAUAUAGGACUAUAGUAGCCUGCUGAGCCCAUGUAAAGUGACUAUAUCACUACAUAUAGGACUAUAGUAGCCUGCUGAGCCCAUGUAAAGUGACUAUAUGACUACAUAUAGGACUAUGUAAAGUGACUAUAUCACUACAUAUAGGACUAUAGUAGCCUGCUGAGCCCAUGUAAAGUGACUAUAUCACUACAUAUAGGACUAUAGUAGACUGCUGAGCCCAUGUAAAGUGACUAUAUCACUACAUAUAGGACUAUAGUAGCCUGCUGAGCCCAUGUAAAGUGACUAUAUCACUACAUAUAGGACUAUAGUAGCCUGCUGAGCCCAUGUAAAGUGACUAUAUCACUACAUAUACAUACAGUGCCUUCGGAAAGUAUUCAGACCCCUUGACUUUUUCCAAAAAAAAUUUAGGUUACAGCCUUAUUCUAAAAUGUAUUAAAUUGUUUUUUUCCCCUCAUCAAUAUACACACAAUACCCCAUCAUGACAAAGAAAAAACAGGUUUCUAGAAAUUUUAGCAAAUGUAUACAAAUAAAAAUAAACUACACAAGUAUUCAGACCCUUUACGCAGUACUUUGUUGAAGCACCUUUGGCAGCGAUUACAGCCUCGAGUCUUCUUGGGUAUGACGCUACAAGCUUGGCACACCAGUAUUUGGGGAUUUUCUCCCAUUCUUCUCUGCAGAUCCUCUCAAGCUCUGUCAGGUUGGAUGGGGAGCGUUGCUGCACAGCUAUUUUCAGGUCUCUCCAGAGAUGUUAGAUCGGGUUCAAGUCCGGCCUCUGGCUGGGCCACUCAAGGACAUUCAGAGACUUGUCCAGAAGCCACUCCUGUGUUGUCUUGGCUGUGUGCUUAGGGUAGUUGUCCUGUUGGAAGGUGAACCUUCAGCCCAGUCUGAGUUCUGGAGCAGGUUUUCAUCAAUAAUCUCUCUGUACUUUGCUCCGUUCAUCUUUCCCUCGAUCCUGACUAGUGUCCCAGUCCCUGCUGCUGAAAAAACAUCCCCACAGCAUGAUGCUGCCACCACCAUGCUUCACCGUAGGGAUGGUGCCAGGUUUCCUCCAGACGUGACGCUUGGCAUUCAGGCCAAAGAGUUCAAUCUUGGUUUCAUCAGACCAGAGAAUCUUGUUUCUCAUGGUCUGAGUCUUUAGGUGCCUUUUGGCAAACUCCAAGCGGGCUGUCAUGUGCCUUUUACUGAAGAGUGGCUUCCAUCUGGCCACUCUACAAUAAAUGCCUGAUUGGUGGAGUGCUGCAGAGAUGGUUGUCCUUCUGGAAGGUUCUCCCAUCUCCACAGAGAAACUCUGGAGCUCUGUCAGAGUGACCAUCAGGUUCACCUCCCUGACCAAUAUGGGAUUCAUCAUUUUUGGUCAUUCAGAGUGUAUGUUACUGUUUCUCAUAUAGCUUUUCACACAGGGCACCUUUCCCUUUCGCCGGGCGGGUCGUUUUGGAAAAUGUUUGGCAAUUUGAGUAUACCCACUUCUCUACACGACUGCACAAAUCUGAUUGGGUCACUUGUAACUUGCUGUUUGGACAGUCAGUAUUCCAAAACAGAUUUGAGCCUUAUUCCUGCCGUGGGAACAAGGCUUUAGUUACAAAUAAGGCAUAAUAGUUAGAACAAGUUAACAUGUCAUUCCUCAGAGCCCGCGGCUUGUUGGCAUCUCCUCUCCCAGAGUCUAAGACUGAGGAAUGCUUGCUUUGGACGGGAGCCUGUAGCCUGGACUGAGAUGCUCACGCCUUCAUGCAGGGUUCCCUAACUGGGGGGUCUGUUUGGACAUUACAAGACUGUAAAACACCAGCAAAUCAGCUCCAAGUGAUUUUAAUUUCGGGAAAUCUGUUCCAAAGUAUUCCCAUGCAUAAUAGAGAUUAACAGCAAGGUUUGAAAUGAUUUGUUUUUGUCAAAUAUGAUAUCUGUUUGGUCUUUUUGUGGUCAAUUUGCAGUCUACCAAUUCUUCCCAUGUAGUUCUCUAGAUUCUUCUUCAAUCAUCCAGUGGUUUACUAGGAUAUGAAGGUGAAGGCCGCCUGCACAGGGACUUACACAUACAGGAGACAGAACGGACACAUUGGAAAUGCAUUCAAGAGACUCCAGAAAGCGCUUCUUAAAUGAGGUGGUGCACUAUUCUAUAGGGAGCCAUUUGGGACACAGCCAAGUCACUCAUACCACUACCAAAAAGGGGUCAGACUGCUACAGGACAGCUUAGCUCAGCCAUGUUUUAAUUUAAGAUACGAUCAGACUGAUACAGUACAGCUUAGCUCAGCCAUGUUUUAAUUUAAGCUAGGAUCAGACUGAUACAGUACAGCUUAGCUCAGCCAUGUUUUAAUUUAAGCUAGGAUCAGACUGAUACAGUACAGCUUAGCUCAGCCAUGUUUUAAUUUAAGCUAGGAUCAGACUGAUACAGUACAGCUUAGCUCAGCCAUGUUUUAAUUUAAGCUAGGAUCAGACUGAUACAGUACAGCUUAGCUCAGCCAUGUUUUAAUUUAAGCUAGGAUCAGACUGGUACAGUUUAGCUCAGCCAUGUUUUAAUUUAAGCUAGGAUCAGACUGAUACAGUACAGUUUAGCUCAGCCAUGUUUUAAUUUAAGCUAGGAUCAGACUGAUACAGUACAGCUUAGCUCAGCCAUGUUUUAAUUUAAGCUAGGAUCAGACUGAUACAGUACAGCUUAGCUCAGCCAUGUUUUAAUUUAAUGCAGGUAUUUGUUGGCCUGGCUGCUAGUAAAGGUUUUCCUCCCACAGUCUGAGGAAUGUAAAAUGUCCUCCAUAUAUUUGUAUCUGGGAUCUGGUCAGCUCUUUGUCUGUCUGCUGUCUAUAAGGAGGAUGAGAUGGACACCCAGUCAUCAUGGCCCAAUACCCCUGAGUCUUUGUCUCUCCGGGUGCAUCCCAAAUGGCACCCUAUUCCCUAUAUAGUGCACUACUAGGGCCCUGGUCAAAAGUAGUGCACUAAUAAAAGGAAUAGGGUACGAGUUGGGACGCAGCCUGUCUCUAGCCUGGAGCGUUGAUCAGCCUCGGUCGGAACUCUCAGACAGGCACGGAGCUGCUGGGAGUUCAGCUGGAGGUCGCCAUUCCACCGCUGCACACAUUCAUUUGACUUGGUUCACUGAGGCUGAAAAUAUCACCUAAUACCUCCGAGAGCCACAGAGAGCCCUAACACAAGGCUUCCUCUCAUCACAUGACUGUCUGCGCUACCUUUUUGAGAUUGAAAUGCUAAGGAACCCUUGAAAGCCUGGUGGAGCUGGGCUCUAAGGCGUAGCCUAGCUCAGGGAGAGAGGGGGGAGAUGGGCUCUAAGGCGUAGCCUAGCUCAGGGAGAGAGGGGGGAGAUGGGCUCUAAGGCGUAGCCUAGCUCAGGGAGAGAGGGGGAGAUGGGCUCUAAGGCGUAGCCAGGGGGAGAUGGGCUCUAAGGCGUAGCCUAGCUCAGGGAGAGAGGGGGGAGAUGGGCUCUAAGGCGUAGCCUAGCUCAGGGAGAGAGGGGGGAGAUGGGCUCUAAGGCGUAGCCUAGCUCAGGGAGAGAGGGGGGAGAUGGGCUCUAAGGCGUAGCCUAGCUCAGGGAGAGAGGGGGGAGAUGGGCUCUAAGGCGUAGCCUAGCUCAGGGAGAGAGGGGGGAGAGCAGCCCCUGUCUCUGUGUAGCCUCAGUCAGACAGUAAUGAUGCCUCCAUCUCACACAUUAAUGACCUACUCUAUGGUUUGUUAAAUGAGUUAUUCAGCAAUACAUAGUGAGCGUGUUUCAGUCCUAUAUACAGUCCUGUCACGUCUACUCAGGUAAUGCUGUCCUGGUCCUGUCUGUCUGUCUGGUCUGUCUGGUCUGUCUGUCUGUCUGGUCUGUCUGGUCUGUCUGUCUGGUCUGGUCUGUCUGGUCUGUCUGGUCUGUCUGGUCUGUCUGGUCGGGUGGUCUGUCUGUCUGGUUGGUCCUGUCUGUGUCUGUCUGGUUGUCUUCUUUGGUCUGUCUGGUCUGUCUGUCUGGUCUGUCUGGUCUGUCUGGUCUGUCUGUCUGUCUGGUCUGUCUGUCUGGUCUGUCUGUCUGUCUGGUCUGUCUGGUCUGUCUGGUCUGUCUGGUCUGUCUGGUCUGGUCUGGUCUGGUCUGUCUGGUCUGGUCUGGUCUGUCUGGUCUGGUCUGUCUGGCUGCGGUUGUCUGGUCUGUCUGGUUGGUUUCUGGUCUGUUGUCUGUCUGGUCUGUCUGGUCUGUCUGGUCUGUCUGUGGUUUUCUGGUCUGUCUGGUCUUCGUCUGGUCUGUCUGUCUGGUCUGUCUGGUCUGUCUGGUUGUCUGGUCUGUCUGGUCUGUCGUCUGUCUGUCUGGUCUGUGGUCUGGUCUGGUUUUUUGUUCUGGUCUGUCUGUUGGUCGUCUGGUCUGUCUGUCUGUCUGGUGGUCUGUCUGGUCGGUAUGGUCUGUCUGGUCUGUCUGGUCUGUGGCUGUCUCUGGUCUGUCUGUCUGGUCUGUUCUGGUCUGGUCUGUGUGUCUGGUCUGUCUGGUCUGGUCUGUCUGGUCUGGUCUGUCUGGUCUGUCUGGUCUGGUCUGUCUGUCUGGUCGUCUGGUCUGUCUGUUGGUCCUGUCUGGUCUGUCUGGUUUGCUGUUGGUCUGUCUGGUCUGGUCUGUCUGGUCUGUCUGGUCUGGUCUGUCUGGUCUGUCUGGUCUGUCUGGUCUGGUCUGUCUGGUCUGGUCUGUCUGUCUGGUCUGUCUGGUCUGUCUGUUGGUCUGUCUGGUCUGUCUGGUCUGGUCUGUUGUCUGGUCUGUUGGUCUGUCUGGUCUGUCUGGUCUGUCUGGUCUGUCUGUCUUGGUCUGUCUGGUCUGUCUGGUCUGGUUGCUGGUCUGUUGGUCUGUCUGGUUGUCUGUCUGGUCUGUGUCUGGUCUGUCUGUCUGUCUGGUUCUGGUCUGUCUGGUCUGUGUCUGUUGUCUGUCUGGUUGGUCUGGUCUGUCUGGUCUGUCUGGUCUGGUCUGUCUGGUCUGUCUGGUCUGGUCUUGUCUGGUCUGGUCGUCUGUCUGGUCGUCUGGUCUUGUGGUCUGGUCUGGUUGUCUGUCGGUCUGUCUGGUCUGGUCUGUUGUUGUCUGGCUGGUCUGGGUCUGUCUGUCUGGUCUGUCUGGUCUGUCUGGUCUGUCUUGUCUGUAUGGUCUGGUCGUCUGGUCUGGCUGUCUGGUUCUGUUGGUCGUCUGGUCUGUCUGGUCUGUCUUGGUCUGUCUGUCUGGUCUUGUUGGUCUGUCUGGUGUUCUGUCUGGUCUGUCUGGUUGUGUCUGGGUCUGGUCUGUCUGGUCUGGUCUGUCUGUCUGGUCUGUCUGGUCUGUCUGGUCUGGUCUGUCUGGUCUGUCUGGUCUGGUCUGUCGUGUCUGGUCUGUCUGGUGUCCGUGUCUGGUCUGUCUGGUCUGUGUCUGGUCUGGUCUGUCUGUCUUGUCUGUCUGGUCUGUCUGGUCUGGUCUGGUCUGGUCUGGUCUGGUCUGUCUGGUCUGUCUGUGGUCUGGUCUGUCUGGUCUGUCUGGGUCUGUCUGGUCUGGUCUGUCUGGUCUGUCUGGUCUGGUCUGUCUGGUCUGUCUGGUCUGGUCUGUCUGGUCUGUCUUGUCUGGUCUGGUCUGUCUGGUCUGUCUGGUCUGUCUGGUCUGGUCUGUCUGGUCUGUCUGGUCUGGUCUGUCUGGUCUGUCUGUGGUCUGUCUGGUCUGUCUGGUUGGCUGUCUGGUCUGGUCUGUCUGGUCUGUCUGGUCUGGUCUGGUCUGGUCUGUGUCUGGUCGUCUGGUCUGGUCGUCUCUGUCUGUCGGUUGCUGUCUGGUCUGGUCUGUCUGUGGUCUGCUGGUCUGGUCUGGUCUGUCUGGUCUGGUCUGUGUCUGGUCUGGUCUGUCUGGUCGGUCUGGUCUGUCUGUCUGGUCUGUCUUCUGGUCUGUCUGGUGUCUGGUUCUGUCUGUCUGUCCUGUCUGGUCUGUCUGGUCUGUCUGGUCUGUCUGGUCUGUGUCCUGGUCUGGUCUGUCUGGUCGGUCUGGUCUGUCUGGUGUCUGGUCUGUCUGUCUGUCUGUCUGUCUGGUCUGUCUGGUCUGUCUGUCUGGUCUGGUCUGUCUGGUCUGUCUGGUCUGGUCUGUCUGGUCUGUCUGGUCUGUCUGUCUGGUCUGUCUGGUCUGUCUGUCUGGUCUGUCUGGUCGUCUGGUCUGUCUGGUCUGGUCUGUCGUCUGGUCUGUCUGGGUUGUUGGUCUGUCUGUCUGGUCUGUCUGUUGUCUGGUCUGGUCUGUCUGGUCUGUCUGGUCUGGUCUGUCUGGUCUGUCUGUCUGGUCUGGUCUGUCUGUCUGUUGGUCUGUCUGUCUGGUCUGUCUGGUCUGGUCUGUCUGGUCUGUCUGGUCUGUCUGUCUGUCUGUCUGUCUCUGGUCUGCUGGCUGGUCGUGGUCUGCUGUCUGGUUCUGUCUGGUCUGUCUGGUCUGUCUGAGUCUGUCUGGUCUGUCUGGUCUGGUCUGGUCUGUCUGUCUGUGUCUGUCUGAGUAUGGUCCUGUUGGUCUGUCUGGUACGGUCUGUCAUGGUCUGUCUGUUGGUCCGUCUGGUCUGGUCUGGUCUGGUCUGUUCUGGUCGCUGGUCAUGUCUGUGUCUGGUACUUGGGCUUCUGGUACUGGUAUGGCUAUGGUGUCUGCUGUCUGGUGCACUUGUAUGUCUGGUCCUUGUCUGGUCUAGUUACUGGUCAUGGCUGUCAUGGUCUGACGGUCUUCUGGCUGGUCUGUAUGGUCGGUUUCUGUACUGUCGGUCUGUCUAUGGUCUGUCAUGGUCUUCUGGUCAUGGUCUAUGGGUCUGGUCUGGUACUGUCAUGGUCUGUAUGUUGGUACUGACUGGUCUGUCGUGGUUUGGUUGGUUGUUGGUCUGUCUGGUCUGGUCUUUGUCUGGUCGUCUGUCUGGCUGUUCUGUCAUGGUUCUGUUGGUAUGUCUGUACUUUCUGGUAUCUGUUGGGUUGGAAUCUGUAUGGUCUGGUUCUGAUCUGGUAUGUCUGUCUGGUUCCUGUAUCUUAUGGGGUUGCUCUGAAGUCUGUCCUGGUACUUAGGGUAUGGUCUGGCUGCUGGUCUGGUUCUUCAUGGGGUAAACUCUAUCUGUUCUGUGUAUCUAUAUGGGUUGGUCUAGUAUGGUCAUGUAUAAUGGUUGCUUUCUAGUGCAUACUGUGUGCCAUGUUCUAGUGGGAUCUGUAGCAGAGCUGUUCAUGUGCUCUAUGCGUAUGACUCGAGUCUGUCUGUACUCUAAUGUCAUGCUCUGUCAUAUGUUGCCAUGGUCUUCUGUGCAUAGCUACUGUCAGGUCUGUUCUUAGUGGCGGUAUGACUCUGAGCCUGUUCUGUGAUCUAUGUAUGAGCCUCUGUCUGUCGGUACUAAUGGUAUCAUGCUGGGCACUUAUGGAUUGGGGUUGCUGUUGGAUCAGCCAUGUCUAGUGGUGUCGCAGUCUGUCAUGUAUCUUUGGGGUAUGAUCUGCUCUGUCAUGGUUCAUGGGUCAUGCUGUCCUGGUAUUUGGUGGUCUACGCUGUUCUGGUCUAGUUGGUUGUCUGUACUGUAUGUCUUUAUGGGUUGCUCUGCUACGGUCAUGGUCUUUGGGGUUGAUCUAGUCUGUCUGUUGGUCUGUCAGUCUGUCAUGUUUAGGAUCUCUGUCGCUGGAUUGGGUGUCAGCUGUUCCUUUUGGUAACUUAGAUGCCCUUAGGCUCUAUGUCCAGGUCUUUGUAUCUCUGUCGCUUUAUGCUUACCGGACUUAUGGACUUAUGCAGGCUUUGUAUGCCUACUAUGCAGCUAGUUGACACUUUCUGUUCAAGGUUAUACUUGGUUUGUUAUAUGAGACCAUACAGACACUCUGGUAAAAUUUAAUGCAGACCUCCCUGUAGCCUGGUGAGACUUAAUACAGACCUCCCUGUAGCCUGGUGAGACUUAAUACAGACCUCCCUGUACAGACCUCCCUGUAGCCUGGUGAGACUUAAUACAGACCUCCGUGCCUGGUGAGACUAAUACAGACCUCCCUGUAGUCUGGGAGACUUAAUACAGACCUCCCUGUAGCCUGGUGAGACUUAAUAAAGACCUCACUGUAGCCUGGUGAGACUUAAUACAGACCUCACUGUAGCCUGGUGAGACUUAAUACAGACCUCCCUGUAGCCUGGUGAGACUUAAUACAGACCUCCCUGUAGCCUGGUGAGACUUAAUACAGACCUCCCUGUAGCCUGGUGAGACUUAAUACAGACCUCCCUGUAGCCGGGUGAGACUUAAUACAGACCUCCCUGUAGCCUGGUGAGACUUAUACAGACCUCCCUGUAGCCUGGUGAGACUUAAUACAGACCUCCCUGUAGCCUGGUGUAGACUUAAUACAGACCUCCCUGUAGCCUGGUGAGACUUAAUACAGACCUCCCUGUAGCCUGGUGGACUUAAUACAGACCUCCCUGUAGCCUGGUGAGACUUAAUACAGACCUCCCUGUAGCCUGGUGAGACUUAAUACAGACCUCCCUGUAGCCUGGUGAGACUUAAUACAGACCUCCCUGUAGCCUGGUGAGACUUAAUACAGACCUCCCUGUAGCCUGGUGAGACAUAAUGCAGGACCUCCCUGUAGCCUGGUGAGUACUUAAUACAGACCUCACUGUUGCCUGGUGAGACUUAAUACAGACCUCCCUGUAGCCUGGGUGAGACUUAAUACAGACCUCACUGUUGCCCUGGUGAGACUUAAUACAGACUCCCUGUAGCCUGGUGAGACUUAUACAGACCUCCCUGUAGUCUGGUGAGACUUAAUACAGACCUCACUGUAGCCUGGUGAGACUUAAUACAGACCUCCCUGUAGCCUGGUGAGACUUAAUACAGACCUCCCUGUAGCCUGGUGAGACUUAAUACAGACCUCCCUGUAGUCUGGUGAGACUUAAUACAGACCUCCCUGUAGCCUGGUGAGACUUAAUACAGACCUCCCUGUAGUCUGGUGUCUAGUAGGACUGACAGAGGCAUUAAUUGGAACUAUUAACAUGACUUUAUGCUAAUUCUUCAUUUGGUUUAUUGGCCUUGAAUGUGUUAACCCAAACAAACCAAUCCCAUUUAAUUAUCCAUGUUGUCUUUGAUCAUCACGCUAUGCCGAAAACAAUUGAGGCUUAUUGAAAUUACGUUGCCCUUUUUAAUUGAGAUUGUCUUAUAAAUUAAUUUGUUAUACAGAUUUAAUGAGAAGCAUCAUGUUGGCUGAUUAAUAGGAUUUAAGCAGUGUAUAUUUCACUGGCAGAAAAUGAAUAGCGGUGGACGGCGGUAUGCUAACGCUUACCUAACCCUUACCUAAACCCUAACCUUAACCCUAACCUUAACCCAAAACCUAACUUUAAUCUAAACCUUAACCCUAAACCUUAACCCUAACCUUAAUGUGUUGUCAUUCAGACGGAAAUGAGCUGUUUGCUAAAUCUGGUACAAUUCAUAUUUUCUCCAGUGUACUUACAGUAUGUUUGGUUCUACGUUGUCCCUGUUCAAAUAAACAUCAUUAUCUCUCUCUAGGUUCCCCCUGUACUAUGAGCUGGUCUAUGGGGUCAGGGUUAAUACUGUGUUAAAAUGUGUGUCUCUCUCUAGGUUCCCCCUGUACUAUGAGCUGGUAUAUGGGUACAGGGUUAACUACUGUGUUAAAAUGUGUUGUCUCUCUCUAGGUUCCCCCUUGUACUAUGAGCUGGUCUAUGGGUCCGUGUUAAUACCUGUGUUAAAAUGUGGUUGUCUAUCUUCUAGGUUCACCCUGGUACUAUGAGCUGGUCUAUGGUCCGGGUUUAAUCUGUGUUAAAAUGUGGUUGGCUCUCUCUAUGGUUCCCCCUGUACUAUGAGCUGGUCUAUGGGUCCCGGGUUAAUACUGUGGUUUAAAUGUGUUGUCUCUCUAUAGGUUCCCCCUGUACUAUGGACUGGUCUAUGUGGUAGGGUUAAUACUGUUUUUAAAUGUGUUGUCCUCUCUCUAGGUUCCCCCGUACUAUGAGCUGGUCUAUGGGUCAGGGUUUAAAUCACUGUUUAAAAUGUGUUGUCUCUCUCUAGGUUCCCCCUGUACUAUGAGCUGGUCUAUGGGUCAGGGUUAAUACUGUGUUAAAAUGUGUUGUCUCUCUCUAGGUUCCCCCUGUACUAUGAGCUGGUCUAUGGGUCAGGGUUAAUACUGUGUUAAAAUGUGUUGUCUCUCUCUAGGUUCCCCCUGUACUAUGAGCUGGUCUAUGGGUCAGGGUUAAUACUGUGUUAAAAUGUGUUGUCUCUCUCUAGGUUUCCCCCUGUACUAUGAGCUGGUCUAUGGGUCAGGGUUAUACUGUGUUAAAAUGUUGUUGUCUCUCUCUAGGUUCCCCCCUGUACUAUGAGCUGGUCUAGGGGUCAGGGUUAAUACUGUGUUAAAAUGUGGUUGUCUUCUCUAGGUUCCCCCUGUACUAUGAGCUGGUCUAUGGGUCAGGGUUUAAUACUGUGUUAAAAAUGUGUUGUCUCUCUCUAGGUUCCCCUGUACUAUGAGCGGUCUAUGGGUCAGGGUUAAUACUGUGUUAAAAUGUGUUGUCUCUCUCUAGGUCCCCCUGUACUAUGAGCUGGUUCUAUGGUCAGGGUUAAUAACUGUUUUAAAUGUGUUGUCUCUCUCUAGGUUCCCCCUGUACUAUGAAGUGGUCUAUGGGUCAGGGUUAAUACUGUGUUAAAAUGUGUUGUCUCUCUCCUAGGUUCCCCUGUACUAUGAGCUGGUCUAGGGUCAGGGUUAAUACUGUGUAAAAUGUGUUGUCUCUCUAGGUUUUCCCCUGUACUAUGAGCUGGUCUAUGGGUCAGGGUUAAUACUGUGUUUAAAAUGUGUUGUCUCUCUAGGUUCCCCCUGUUACUAUGAACUGGUCUAUGGGUCAGGGUCAAUACUGUGUUAACAUGUGUUGUCUCUCUCUAGGUUCCCCCUGUACUAUGAGCUGGUCUAUGGGUCAGGGUUAAUACUGUGUUAAAAUGUGUUGUCUCUCUCUAGGUUCCCCCUGUACUAUGAGAUUAAGAUAGCGUUUGUUAUCUGGCUGCUGUCUCCCUACACCAGAGGAGCUGGUCUCAUCUACAGGAAAUGUCUUCAUCCUCUGCUGUCUUCCAGAGAGAGGGUGAGACUGACUGACGAGUACCGAGCUCUUUGUUAACUGUGUAUUGAAUAGUGUGGUUUCAUUAUGACGCCUAGCUAGGGAAUAGACGAACAUGUUUGAAUCCUGUAUCUGUGUUUUAUCCUUCUACUGAACAAGCUGCCAUACACUUAAAAUGAUCUGUUGUCAUUUGAUGACAAACCUUUAGAAGAUAGUUAGCUUUUGUGUUGUGUCGUGGGUGGACAUGUUGAUGCAUACUGUAGGUUGUAUCUUAAUGAGUCUUCUGUUUCUUGUCUUCUGUCUCCCUCCCCACUUCCUCUCUGUUUAAUUUGUCAUCCUCUCUGUCUUCCAAAUUGGAUGACUACUCAGUUUGCUCUUUGGCCCCCCUUCAUGGCUUUUUGGGGGCCCCCCGGGUUAAUUGGGAAAAGGGUUUUUUUAGGUUCCCCCUGUUUCGGGUCUAUGGUCGGGGUUUUAAAGGGUUAAAAUUGUUGUUUUAGUUUGUUUUUGCUUCUUUUCGGGUUUUAAAUAUUUUUAAAAAUUUUGUUUUUUCCUGUUCCCCUUACAAGACUGGUCUUUGGGGAAUCUUUUUUAAAAUGUUUUUUUUUGGUCCCCCGGGUAAAAAUUUUUAAAUGGUUUUUUGGGUUUUUUAAACGGGGGUUUAAAAUUUUUCCCCCCCUUUUUCCCCCCAAAAACCCUAAAUUAAAAAAUUUUUUUCUUGGGGGGUUUUUUUUUUUUGGGCGGGGGGAAAGGGUUUUCUUUUGGGUUUUUUACCUUUCUUUUUCCCCCUCCCUUUUUGCUUUUUUUGUACCUUUUGUUGGUUUUCUUUUAAUUUUUUCCCUUUUUUUAAAACCUUUCUUCCCCUCUCUGUUUUUCUUUCUCUUCUUUUUUCCCCCUUCUACUGUUCUCUUUUUUCUUUGUAAAUCUUUGGUUCUCCUUUCCGUGUCUUGGUUUUCUGGCUCUUCCCCCCUUCCUGUCCCUUCCUCUCCCCCUUUUCUCUCUUUUUUUCCCCUUCUUCCUUCCCUUCUUUCCCCUCUCUCCUUCUUCUUUCUUUUUUCCCCCCUUUCCCUCUUUCUCCUCUCUUCCUCUUCCUCCUGUUUCUCUCUCCUUUUGGCGUCUCUUUUCCCCCUUUUCCCCUUUUCUCUUCUCUUCUCUUUCUCCUCUGUCGCUUUUUCUGUCUCUCCCUCUUCCUCCCUCCUUUUUCCUGCUCCUUCUCUCUCUGUCUCUUCUUCUUCUUCCCUUCCUUCUCUCUCUUCUCCUUCUCUCUGUCCUUUCUCUUUUCCUUUUCCUUUCCUCUCUCUUUUCUCUUCUCUCUUCCUUUCUCCCUCUUCUUCCUCUCUCUCUUUCUCUCUCUUUCUUCUCCCUUUCUCGGUCCUCUCUCUCUCCCUCUCUCUCUUCCUCUCUCUUUCUCUCUCCUCUCCUCUUCUUGUCUCUCUGUCUCUGUGUUGUUGUCGCCAGGAAAUAGAUGAGUACAUUGUCCAGGCCAAGGAGCGUAGCUACGAGACCAUGGUGAACUUCGGAAGGCAGGGCCUGAGUUCGCUCUCUCCGCGCUCCGCCUUUCGUCGUCCCUGCAGCUGUCGAGUCGAGCUGCACCUUCACCCCAGUUCUGCUCUGCAGACUGCCGCUGUCCCCCGUUACUGGCUCUGCAGAGCUGCACGCGUGUCACCACCCGUUACUGCUCGCAGAGCUGACACGCGUGUCACCCCGUUCUCUGGGGGCACCCGUUACGGCUCUGCAGAGCUGCACGCGUGUCACCCCGUUACUGGCUCUGCAGAGCUGCACGCGUGUCACCCCGUUACUGGCUCUGCAGAGCUGCACGCGUGUCACCCCGUUACUGGCUCUGCAGAGCUGCACGCGUGUCACCCCGUUACUGGCUCUGCAGAGCUGCACGCGUGUCACCCCGUUACUGGCUCCGACUCUGCUUAUCGCUACUUUAUUGAGGAAGAAUGUACUUACUGUGAUGUGUGGUUGUGCCACCUAGCCGUCUUAAGAUGAAUGCACUAACUGUAAGUCACUCUGGAUAAGAGUGUCUGCUAAAUGACCAACAUGUAAAAGUGUGUGUGAUUCUCUAUUGGGUGUAACUGUGCACAGAGCAGCCCAUGGCAGUCCCUGGACUAACUGUCACCGAGGACUAAACACAGAGGACCUGGUGUUGGUUCUCCUUCUCUGCUCGUAAUGGGCCUGUUGUUGCAUCAGGGGGAGAGAUCCAGGGAGGCACCGAGGACUAAACACAGAGGACCUGGUGUUGGUUCUCCUUCUCUGCUCGUAAUGGGCCUGUUGUUGCAUCAGGGGGAGAGAUCCAGGGAGGCACCGAGGACUAAACACAGAGGACCUGGUGUUGGUUCUCCUUCUCUGCUCGUAAUGGGCCUGUUGUUGCAUCAGGGAGAGAGAUCCAGGGAGGCACUGAGGACUAAACAGAGGACCUGGUGUUGGUUCUCCUUCUCUGCUCGUAAUGGGCCUGUUGUUGCAUCAGGGGGAGAGAUCCAGGGAGGCACCGAGGACUAAACACAGAGGACCUGGUGUUGGUUCUCCUUCUCUGCUCGUAAUGGGGCUGUUGUUGCAUCAGGGGGAGAGAUCCAGGGAGGCACCGAGGACUAAACACAGAGGACCUGGUGUUGGUUCUCCUUCUCUGCUCGUAAUGGGCCUGUUGUUGCAUCAGGGAGAGAGUUCCAGGGAGGCAGCAGUCAGUCCUGUCUGUUGAAGGCAGACUGAUCUGAUUUGAUGUGCUGGUAUUGUACCCUGUGGCUGACUGGCUGUGACUACCAAUAUGAACAUGCUAGUGGAGGGCCCUAUAAAACCUGCCAUGCGGGCGGAAUCACGGAAUCCAGACAUUACAAACGGAAUUCAACAAUAUCCUAAAAUGUAUUGAACUUAGUAGGAAAUCAACUAAAUGUGUUGAACUUAGUAGGAAAUCAACUAAAUGUGUUGAACUUAUUAGAAAAUUAAUUAAUUUGACAAAGUUAAUCAUAAGACAUGAACUAAAUGCAUCGGUGAUUUGGUAUUUUCCCACAUCUUUCUGAAACAGCACAGGAAUGCCCCAGUCUGUGUGCUCGAUGGUCUACCACGUUGUGUAGCCGUUAGCAUGCUAAUGAUAACCGUCUUCUGGUAGAGGUGGACAGGCUUCACAAAAAAACUUUUCAUUUAAAUGUUAACUACAGAGUAGCCGAUGCCUACCUGUAUGUGGCCAUUUUGUAUUUGGAAACUCUGCAAUCACAUCUGCUACAGAAACACCGCUAACCAAACACGUUUCUUGCACUUGAAUUAAAGUGUAUCUACACCCAAAAAGAACAUACUUAUUAUAUUUUUCCCAGACCUCAAAAGUGUUCUCCUGAUGUGGUUGAAUCAUUGUUGUGGCAUCAGGCCAGGCCUGGAUAAACAACAUGAGCAUGCUAGCUGGGAUAGAGCAUCAGGCCUGGAUAAACAACAUGAGCAUGCUAGCUGGGAUAGAGCAUCAGGCCAGGCCUGGAUAAACAACAUGAGCAUGCUAGCUGGGAUAGAGCAUCAGGCCAGGCCUGGAUAAACAACAUGAGCAUGCUAGCUGGGAUAGAGCAUCAGCCCAGGCCUGGAUAAACAACAUGAGCAUGCUAGCUGGGAUAGAGCAUCAGCCCAGGCCUGGAUAAACAACAUGAGCAUGCUAGCUGGGAUAGAGCAUCAGCCCAGGCCUGGAUAAAGCAACAAUAGGCUGCCUUUAUAUGUCCUAUCUCUCAACACAAAGUCAGAGACAGCGUAUAACCUUGACUCUGCAUCCAGCAGCCUCUCUCUCUGUAAAAAGCUUCUAUGGCUCGACUCUGCCUGUAUUAAACCAGCCCAUUGAUCAGAUCUUCUAUGGCUCUACUCUGCCUGUAUUAAACCAGCCCAUUGAUCAGAUCUUCUAUGGUUCUACUCUGCCUGUAUUAAACCAGCCCAUUGAUCAGACCUUCUAUGGCUCUACUCUGCCUGUAUUAAACCAGCCCAUUGAUCAGAUCUUCUAUGGCUCUACUCUGCCUGUAUUAAACCAGCCCAUUGAUCAGAUCUUCUAUGGCUCUACUCUGCCUGUAUUAAACCAGCCCAUUGAUCAGAUCUUCUAUGGCUCUACUCUGCCUCUAUUAAACCACCCAUUGAUCAGAUCUUCUUAUGGCUCUACUCUGCCUGUAUUAAACCAGCCCAUUAAUCAGACCUUCUAUGGCUAUACUCUGUCUGUAUUAAACCAGCCCAUUGAUCAGACCUUCUAUGGCUCUACUCUGCCUGUAUUAAACCAGCCCAUUGAUCAGACCUUCUAUGGCUCUACUCUGCCUGUAUUAAACCAGCCCAUUGAUCAGACCUUCUAUGGCUCUACUCUGCCUGUAUUAAACCAUCCCAUUGAUCAGACCUUCUAUGGCUCUACUCUGCCUGUAUUAAACCAGCCCAUUGAUCAGAUCUUCUAUGGCUCUACUCUGCCUGUAUUAAACCAGCCCAUUGAUCAGAUCUUCUAUGGUUCUACUCUGCCUGUAUUAAACCAGCCCAUUGAUCAGACCUUCUAUGGCUCUACUCUGCCUGUAUUAAACCAGCCCAUUGAUCAGAUCUUCUAUGGCUCUACUCUGCCUGUAUUAAACCAGCCCAUUGAUCAGAUCUUCUAUGGCUCUACUCUGCCUGUAUUAAACCAGCCCAUUGAUCAGAUCUUCUAUGGCUCUACUCUGCCUCUAUUAAACCAGCCCAUUGAUCAGAUCUUCUAUGGCUCUACUCUGCCUGUAUUAAACCAGCCCAUUGAUCAGAUCUUCUAUGGCUCUACUCUGCCUGUAUUAAACCAGCCCAUUGAUCAGACCUUCUAUGGCUAUACUCUGUCUGUAUUAAACCAGCCCAUUGAUCAGACCUUCUAUGGCUCUACUCUGCCUGUAUUAAACCAGCCCAUUGAUCAGACCUUCUAUGGCUCUACUCUGCCUGUAUUAAACCAGCCCAUUGAUCAGACCUUCUAUGGCUCUACUCUGCCUGUAUUAAACCAUCCCAUUGAUCAGACCUUCUAUGGCUCUACUCUGCCUGUAUUAAACCAGCCCAUUGAUCAGAUCUUCUAUGGCUCGACUCUGCCUGUAUUAAACCAGCCCAUUGAUCAGAUCUUCUAUGGCUCUACUCUGCCUGUAUUAAACCAGCCCAUUGAUCAGAUCUUCUAUGGUUCUACUCUGCCUGUAUUAAACCAGCCCAUUGAUCAGACCUUCUAUGGCUCUACUCUGCCUGUAUUAAACCAGCCCAUUGAUCAGAUCUUCUAUGGCUCUACUCUGCCUGUAUUAAACCAGCCCAUUGAUCAGAUCUUCUAUGGCUCUACUCUGCCUGUAUUAAACCAGCCCAUUGAUCAGAUCUUCUAUGGCUCUACUCUGCCUGUAUUAAACCAGCCCAUUGAUCAGAUCUUCUAUGGCUCUACUCUGCCUGUAUUAAACCAGCCCAUUGAUCAGAUCUUCUAUGGCUCUACUCUGCCUGUAUUAAACCAGCCCAUUGAUCAGACCUUCUAUGGCUCUACUCUGUCUGUAUUAAACCAGCCCAUUGAUCAGACCUUCUAUGGCUCUACUCUGCCUGUAUUAAACCAGCCCAUUGAUCAGACCUUCUAUGGCUCUACUCUGCCUGUAUUAAACCAGCCCAUUGAUCAGACCUUCUAUGGCUCUACUCUGCCUGUAUUAAACCAGCCCAUUGAUCAGACCUUCUAUGGCUCUACUCUGCCUGUAUUAAACCAGCCCAUUGAUCAGACCUUCUAUGGCUCUACUCUGCCUGUAUUAAACCAGCCCAUUGAUCAGAUCUUCUAUGGCUCUACUCUGCCUGUAUUAAACCAGCCCAUUGAUCAGACCUUCUAUGGCUCUACUCUGCCUGUAUUAAACCAGCCCAUUGAUCAGACCUUCUAUGGCUCUACUCUGCCUGUAUUAAACCAGCCCAUUGAUCAGAUCUUCUAUGGCUCUACUCUGCCUGUAUUAAACCAGCCCAUUGAUCAGACCUUCUAUGGCUCUACUCUGCCUGUAUUAAACCAGCCCAUUGAUCAGACCUUCUAUGGCUCUACUCUGCCUGUAUUAAACCAGCCCAUUGAUCAGAUCUUCUAUGGCUCUACUCUGCCUGUAUUAAACCAGCCCAUUGAUCAGACCUUCUAUGGCUCUACUCUGCCUGUAUUAAACCAGCCCAUUGAUCAGACCGUCUAUGGCUCUACUCUGCCUGUAUUAAACCAGCCCAUUGAUCAGACCUUCUAUGGCUCUACUCUGCCUGUAUUAAACCAGCCCAUUGAUCAGACCUUCUAUGGCUCUACUCUGCCUGUAUUAAACCAGCCCAUUGAUCAGAUCUUCUAUGGUUCUACUCUGCCUGUAUUAAACCAGCCCAUUGAUCAGACCUUCUAUGGCUCUACUCUGCCUGUAUUAAACCAGCCCAUUGAUCAGAUCUUCUAUGGCUCUACUCUGCCUGUAUUAAACCAGCCCAUUGAUCAGAUCUUCUAUGGCUCUACUCUGCCUGUAUUAAACCAGCCCAUUGAUCAGAGCUUCUAUGACUAUACUCUGCCUGUAUUAAACCAGCCCAUUGAUCAGACCUUCUAUGGCUCUACUCUGCCUGUAUUAAACCAGCCCAUUGAUCAGACCUUCUAUGGCUCUACUCUGCCUGUAUUAAACCAGCCCAUUGAUCAGAUCUUCUAUGGCUCUACUCUGCCUGUAUUAAACCAGCCCAUUGAUCAGAUCUUCUAUGGCUCUACUCUGCCUGUAUUAAACCAGCCCAUUGAUCAGAUCUUCUAUGGCUCUACUCUGCCUGUAUUAAACCAGCCCAUUGAUCAGACCUUCUAUGGCUCUACUCUGCCUGUAUUAAACCAGCCCAUUGAUCAGACCUACUCUGCCUGUAUUAAACCAGCCCAUUGAUCAGAUCUUCUAUGGCUCUACUCUGCCUGUAUUAAACCAGCCCAUUGAUCAGACCUUCUAUGGCUCUACUCUGCCUGUAUUAAACCAGCCCAUUGAUCAGACCUUCUAUGGCUCUACUCUGCCUGUAUUAAACCAGCCCAUUGAUCAGAUCUUCUAUGGCUCUACUCUGCCUGUAUUAAACCAGCCCAUUGAUCAGACCUUCUAUGGCUCUACUUUUCCCCUCCUCCUCCUAGUCUCUUAUUUUUUUCUGUCCUCCUGACUGUGUCCUAACGUUGGUGUUGAUCUCUGUCUUCCUGUCCUCCUGACUGUGUCCUAACGUUGGUGUUGAUCUCUCUCUUCCUGUCCUCUGCUGUGUCUAACGUGGUGUGAUCUCUCUCUCCUCUCUGUCUUCCUGUCCUCCUGACUGUGUCCUAACGUUGGUGUUGAUCUCUCUCUCUCUCUCUCUCUCCUUCCUGUCCUCCUGACUGUGUCCUAACGUUGGUGUUGAUCUCUCUCUCUCUCCUCUCUCUCUCUCUCUGUCUUCCUGUCCUCCUGACUGUGUCCUAACGUUGGUGUUGAUCUCUCUCGUCUCCUCUUCUCUCUUCUCUCUCUCUCUCUCUCUCUCUCUCCUUUCUCCUCCCCUCUGUGUCCUAACGUUGGUGUUGAUCUUUCUCUCUCUCUCUCUCUCUCUCUCUCUCUCUCUCUCUCUUCCUGUCCUCCUGACUGUGUCCUAACGUUGGUGUUGAUCUCUCUCUGUCCUCCUGACUGUGUCCUACCGGUGGUGUUGAUCUGUCUUUCCACCAAUACUGUGUGACAUGCUGUCUGUCUCUAGGAACCCAGCACUACUAACGCCAGCCCUCUGAGGUAAUAAUGACAGUUAUUAUACUGCAGCAUGGAGGAGAAAGUCCUCAGAUCAUUCACAGAUUCACUUUCUUAGUUUUAUGGCGUUUGGUGUCUUUCUGUUGUCAAGCUGUGCUGUACACACAUCAUUUAACCACUAAUGUUCCCUUCAUGAUAGUACACAUCCUGUCUGUUCCUCAGUUUUGUUAUGGAAAAGGUUCUGCAUUAUCAUAAGCUGUUUGAAAACACUGCAAAUAGAUUCCUGAAAAUGGAUCCUAUGUAGUAGUUUUCCAGAAACAGAUAUACUCCAUCAGCAUGUUACUGUAUGGGUCAGAGCACAGUAAGAGACUGGAGUCAUGAUGUCACGUGGAGAGUUGGGAGGCGUUUUAGAUGACAGUGUUAUCCGAGUGAUGACACUAACUGUGUGUGUGUGUGUGUGUGUGUGUGUGUGUGUGUGUGUGUGUAGGGCCAGGGGGCCAUCACAGAGAAACUGAGGAGCUUCAGUAUGCAUGACCUGACCCAGAUACCCCUCGACGACGCAGCAGCCAAUCAGAUCUAUACAGCCCAUGCCGGCAACCCUGCCGUGAGCAGGAGGGCUCUCACCGCAGACGCUACCGACAGAACAGGUAUGACGUGGUCCACACACACCUUACAUUAACCUUUCCCCUAGUACCUUCCACUUGUCUGGUAAUCAUUGAUCCAAAGGGGAUCCAGUUACGACACGGUAAGACUCCUGUCUCCACCUUCCUCAAACAUCCUCUAUAGCUGUAGCUGUGUUGAGCAACAUGGGUUGGCUCACCCUAUUCCCUGUGAGCCCUGGUCAAAAGCAGUGCACUCUAUAGGGUAUAGGGUGCCAUUUGGGAUGCUGGUCCAGUGCCUUCAGAAAGUAUUCAUACCCCUUCACUUGUUCCUCUCCCAUCUACACACAAUACCCAUAGUGACAAAGUCAAUGUUUGUAGACAUUUUUUAGCAAAUGUAUUACAAAUGAAAUACUGAAAUAUAACAUUUACAUAAGUAUUCACACCCCUGAGUCAAUACAUGUUAGAAUCACCUUUGGCAGCGAUUACAGCUGUGAGUGUUUCUGGGUAAGUCUCUUAAGAGCUUUCACACCUGGAUUGUACAAUAUCUGCCCAUUUUAUUAUUUUCUAAAUUCUUCAAACUCUGUCAAAUUGGUUGUUGAUCAUUGCUACACAACCAUUUUCAGGUCUUGCCAUAGAUUUUCAAGUAGAUUUCAGUCAAAACUGUAACUCGUCCACUCAGGAACAUUCACUGUCUUCUUGGUGAGCAACUCCAGUGUAGAUUUGGCCUUGUGUUUUAGGUUAUUGUCCUGCUGAAAGGUGAAUUCAUCUUCCAGUGUCUGGUGGAAAGCAGACUGAACCAGGUUUUCCUCUAGAAUUUUGCCUGUGCUUAGCUCCAUUCCUUUUUUUGAAAAACUCCCUAGUCCUUGCCGAUGACAAGCAUACCCAUAACAUGACGCAGCCACCACAAUGCUUGAAAAUAUGAAGAGUGGUACUCUUGUGAUGUAUUGUAUUUUCCCCAGAGUAUCCCAAACAUGCUUAAUGGGUGACCUGUCUGAGUAUGCAGGCCAUGGAAGAACUGGGACAUUUUCCAGCUUCCAAGAAUUGUGUAAAGGUCCUUGCGACAUGGGGCCGUGCAUUAUCAUGCUGAAACAUGAGGUGAUGGCGGCGGAUGAAUGGCACGACAAUGGGCCUCAGGAUCUCGUCAUGGUAUCUCUGUGCAUUCAAAUUGCCAUCGAUUAAAAUGCUAUUGUGUUGGUGUCCGUAGCUUAUGCCUGCCCAUACCAUUACCCCAGUCGGUUACGACACUGAACUGCAGUCGGGUCAAGAGCCUGGUGAGGACGACGAGCACGCAGAAUGAGCUUCCCUGAGAUGGUUUCUGACAGUUUGUGCAGAAGUUUUAUUUCAGCUCAUGAAACAUGGGACCAACACUUUACAUGUGUCUUAUAUAUUUGUCUAGUAUAGUUUAACUUCUACUGGAAAGAAUGCAACAUUAUCAUUUUAGUCAGGAUAAUGACCAGCUGAAGGCCGUCACAAUACACACUGGACCUGCUGACCAUCUGAAGGCCAUCACAUUACACACUGGACCUGCUGACCAUCUGAAGGCCAUCACAUUACACACUGGACCUGCUGACCAUCUGAAGGCCGUCACAUUACACACUGGACCUGCUGACCAUCUGAAGGCCGUCACAAUACACACUGGACCAGCUGAAGGCCAUCACAUUACACACUGGACCUGCUGACCAUCUGAAGGCCAUCACAUUACACACUGGACCAGCUGAAGGCCAUCACAUUACACACUGGACCUGCUGACCAUCUGGAGGCCAUCACAUUACACACUGGACCUGCUGACCAUCUGAAGGCCGUCACACUGGACCUGCUGACCAUCUGGAGGCCAUCACAUUACACACUGGACCUGCUGACCAUCUGAAGGCCAUCACAUUACACACUGGACCAGCUGACCAUCUGGAGGCCAUCACAUUACACACUGGACCUGCUGACCAUCUGAAGGCCGUCACAUUACACACUGGACCUGCUGACCAUCUGAAGGCCGUCACACUGGACCUGCUGACCAUCUGAAGGCCAUCACAUUACACACUGGACCUGCUGACCAGCUGAAAGCACAGAUGUGUUCUUGGUUACAUUCUGCACCCUGUUCCCUAUGUAGUGUGACCAGUGCACUCCUAUGUAGUGUGACCAGUGCACUAUAUAGGGAAUAGGCUGCCAUUUGGGUUGCACCCCUUGUCUCUAUUCUCCGCCCUUCGCUCUGUUACAUUAAAGGAGUGGCGCAGCUUCGUGCCGUCGGAAGAUGAAACCCACAUCUCUCUGUGAUGGACAGGCUCUGAGAAGAAUACCUGAUGCUCUCUGUGAUGGACAGGCUCUGAGGAGAAUACCUGAUGCUCUCUGUGAUGGACAGGCUCUGAGAAGAAUACCUGAUGCUCUCUGUGAUGGACAGGCUCUGAGAAGAAUACCUGAUGCUCUCUGUGAUGGACAGGCUCUGAGAAGAAUACCUGAUGCUCUCUGUGAUGGACAGGCUCUGAGAAGAAUACCUGAUGCUCUCUGUGAUCGACAGGCUCUGAGAAGAAUACCUGAUGCUCUCUGUGAUCGACAGGCUCUGAGAAGAAUACCUGAUGCUCUCUGCUCUCUCUCUCUCGUCUCUCUGCUAAUGCCUGUCCUCCCUCCGCUCCCUGUUGGUCAUUCCACUAGCAUCCAGGUCAUUUCAUCUCGUCUGGAAUGAAGCCGUCAUAAAGAGAGCUGCUUUCAGAUGCCAAGCGCUUUAUAAGAGGGAGCAGAAAGAACCCCAGGGAAUGAUGUCAAUGUCAACUGAUUAAGUGACAUGUUAAUUGUAGUUUUUAGUUGAAGAAGAAACCACCUCAAACCCUUUAGUUCUUUACCCUUUAGGUCUUCAUCCAGGAUAUGUUUUCCUGUGCUGUUUUUAAAGAGGAUGUGGUCAGUGGAGGAAGCCAAUGUGUGCAUCCCAAAUUGCAUCCUAUCCCCUAAAUAGUGUACUACUUUUGGCCAGAGUCCUAUGGGCUUCCCUCUGGGCCCUGGUCAAAACUAGUGCACUGGAAAGGGAAUAGGGUGCUAUUUAGGAUACAUACAUGGUUGGGUCUGUUCUAUUGUUCUCCUCAGGCUGACGGGCUCAGUGCAGGGUGGGGUUGGUUGGUUCUGUUCUCCUCAGGCUGACGGGCUCAGGAGGGAGGGGUUGGUUGGUUCUGUUCUCCUCAGGCUGACAGGCUCAGUGAGGGAGGGGUUGGUUGGUUCUGUUCUCCUCAGGCUGACAGGCUCAGUACAGGGAGGGGUUGGUUGGUUCUGUUCUCCUCAGGCUGACGGGCUCAGUACAGGGAGGGGUUGGUUGGUUCUGUUCUCAGGGAGGGAAAGUCCCAUUACUUGUCAUCACGCUGGGCUGGGCUGGGCUGGGCUGGGCUGGCUGGGCUGGGCUGGGCUGGGCUGGGCUGGGCUGGCGUCGCGUGCUGCCAGCUAGCUCAGCUGUGACCAGUCAGAGGUAUUGUAGAAGACAGAUGCAGGAUAUUAAAGAUUCUAAUAAGGGAUACAGAUAAUUGGUGGAAUGAAUGGAAUGUGCUCCUCACUUCUCAUACUACGAAAAUGAUCCUUUAUGUGGAGAAUUAGAUGUAUUUCUAAAACAACUGUCAACCAAUAGGUCUCAAUAGCUUCAUAUGACACAUACCAGUUUGCCUUGGACUGUGUGAAGGCUAGCAUAAAAAACAUAUCUCAUAGGUUGCAGAAAGUUUAAACCCUAAAACAAGUAUAAAUAGCCUUGUAGAUUUAAUAGUGGCUCCAGAUCCUGAGGAAACAGUCAUAUUUCUAGAAUGGAGAGCAGAUGUGACGAGCUGCAGCUACAGGAACAAAGGAGAGGAGGUAUAGAGUCUGUUACUGUGUUACUGCCGCCCCCUGGUGGAGGCUGGUAGAAUGUUACUGCUGCCCCCUGGUGGAGGCUGGUAGAAUGUUACUGCUGCCCCCUGGUGGAGGCUGGUAGAAUGUUACUGCUGCCCCCUGGUGGAGGCUGGUAGAAUGGCAGCUGUGUUACUGCUGCCCCCUGGUGGAGGCUGGUAGAAUGCAGUGUGUUACUGCUGCCCCUGGUGGAGGCUGUAGAAUGUUACUGCUGCCCCCUGGUGGAGGCUGGUAGAAUGUUACUGCUGCCCCCUGGUGGAGGCUGGUAGAAUGUCAGCUGUCGUGACUCACAGCACAGAACAGAAUUGCCCCAGUCAGUUAGUAGUGGUCAUAGCACAGUGAUGAUAUUACAGAACAGAAUAGCCCCAGUUAGUUAGCAGUGGUUAUGGUGGUGGGGGUUCUCUCUUGGUGUCCAUCAGCCUGAGACCAGCAGGGCAUGGGGCAGCAGCUGUUCCACACUCCCUCCCCCCCCCCCUUCCCUCCCCCAGCCCACUGUGGCUCUGACCCCACACACCGCAGCACAGACCCCCCCACUCAGAGAGCCAGCUCAGCAGAGCUGAGAGCUGCUGGUCCCAUGGCUGGUCACAUGACUGGUCACAUGUCCUCUGUGACAAGAGAGACCCAGUCGUCGUUCCAGAGCGUAGAUGUUGCUGACGCCUGCAAGAUCUGACAAUGCCUGGGAAGUAUCAGCUAACCACAACAUACACUAUAGAUACAAAAGUAUGUGGACACCCCUUCAAAUUAGUGGAUUCGGCUAUUUCAGCCACACCCGUUGCUGACAGGUGUAUAAAAUCGAGCACACCGCCAUGCAAUCUCCAUAGACAAACACUGGCAGUUGAAUGGCCUUACUGAAGAGCUCAGUGACUUUCAACAUGGCACUGUUAUAGAAUUCAUCUGCGCUUCAUGAAGUGGGUUUCCAUGGCCAAGCAGCCGCAUACAAGCCUAACAUCACCAUGCGCAAUGCCAAGCGUCAGCUGGAGUGGUGUAAAGCUCACAGCCAUUGGACUGUGGAGCAGUGGAAACGCGUUCUCUGGAGUGAUGAAUCACACCAUCUGGCAGUCCGAUGGACGAAUCUGGGUUUGACAGAUGCCAGGAGAACGCUUCCUGCCCCAAUGCGUAGUGCCAACUGUAAAGUUUGGUGGAGGAGGAAUAAUGGUCUGGGGCUGUUUUUCAUGGUUCGGGCCCCUUAGUUCCAGUGAAGGGAAAUCUUAAUGCAACAGCAUACAAUUACAUUCUAGACGAUUCUGUGCUUUCAACUUUCCCUUUCCUGUUUCAGCAUGACAAUGCCCCCGUGCACAAAGCGAGGUCCAUACAGAAAUGGUUUGUGGAGGUUAGUGUGGAAGAACCUGAAUGGCCUGCAGCGUCUACAUACUUUGGGCAUGUAGUGUAUGUUAUAGGAAUCUGUCAGUGGAUGACACCGUUGGUCAUGUAGUGUAUGUUAUAGGAAUCUGUCAGUGGAUGACACCGUUGGUCAUGUAGUGUAUGUUAUAGGAAUCUGUCAGUGGAUGACACCGUUGGUCAUGUAGUGUAUGUUAUAGGAAUCUGUCAGUGGAUGACACCGUUGGUCAUGUAGUGUAUGUUAUAGGAAUCUGUCAGUGGAUGACACCGUUGGUCAUGUAGUGUAUGUUAUAGGAAUCUGUCAGUGGAUGACACCGUUGGUCAUGUAGUGUAUGUUAUAGGAAUCUGUCAGUGGAUGACACCAUUGGUUGUUGUGUGGCCUUAGCUGUGGAAUUCAGCCCCAGUGAGGGGCUUUGUCCCCAGGUGGCCUGUCUCUCUCCAACACAGCAGUCAGUCAGUCCCCUUUUGACACAGCACUUCUACCAUAAGGACCUAGGAGUCAGCUCAGAAGACCAAGUUAACAUGCUUCUGGUUCAGUUGUACUAUGCCUAACUAAUAUGGACAUGUCUCCCCAGAGUACUAUGCCUAACUAAUGUGGACAUGUCUCCCCAGAGUACUAUGCCUAACUAAUGUGGACAUGUCUCCCCAGAGUACUAUGCCUAACUAAUGUGGACAUGUCUCCCCAGAGUACUAUGCCUAACUAAUGUGGACAUGUCUCCCCAGAGUACUAUGCCUAACUAAUGUGGACAUGUCUCCCCAGAGUACUAUGCCUAACUAAUGUGGACAUGUCUCCCCAGAGUACUAUGCCUAACUAAUGUGGACAUGUCUCCCCAGAGUACUAUGCCUAACUAAUGUGGACAUGUCUCCCCAGAGUACUAUGCCUACGAGCAGGAGGACAGGACAGAUGAGGAGGGGGAACAACUUUUCUCAGAGGACGAGGCUGUCACCCAGAGAGGUCUGAGGAGGUCCCAGAGUGUCAAGAUUAUGCGCUCUAAAGCCCGUAAAGAUGUAAGUCUGAAUAUAACACACUCUAAAGCCUGUAAAGAUGUAAGUCUGAAUAUAACACACUCUGAAGCCCGUAUAGAUGUAAGUCUGAAUAUAACACACUCUGAAGCCUGUAAAGAUGUAAGUCUGAAUAUAACACACUUUGAAGCCUGUAAAGAUGUAAGUCUGAAUAUAACACACUCUGAAGCCUGUAAAGAUGUAAGUCUGAAUAUAACACACUCUGAAGCCUGUAUAGAUGUAAGUCUGAAUAUAACACACUCUGAAGCCUGUAAAGAUGUAAGUCUGAAUAUAACACACUCUAAAGCCCAUAAAGAUGUAUGUCUGAAUAUAACACACUCUAAAGCCCAUAAAGAUGUAAGUCUGAAUAUAACACACUCUGAAGCCUGUAAAGAUGUGCGUCUGCGGCUACUCUCCUCUGGUUCUGAUAUGGAUAAAUACUAGGUCUCUAAUGCAGUGGUCACCAACCGGUCCAUCACCAAACAUUUCUGUAGAAAGCCAACGAUGAAGACGUAUGCUCCUUUUCUUAUUAUUGGUGUUGUGCUGUUGGCAGUAGGUGACCUUGGUUCAGAAGCCCUGUUGGCGGUAGGUGACCUUGGUUCAGAAGCCCUGUUGGCGGUAGGUGACCUUGGUUCAGAAGCCCUGUUGGCGGUAGGUGACCUUGGUUCAGAAGCCCUGUUGGCGGUAGGUGACCUUGAUUCAGAAGCCCUGUUGGCGGUAGGUGACCUUGAUUCAGAAGCCCUGUUGGCGGUAGGUGACCUUGAUUCAGAAGCCCUGUUGGCGGUAGGUGACCUUGAUUCAGAAGCCCUGUUGGCGGUAGGUGACCUUGGUUCAGAAGCCCUGUUGGCGGUAGGUGACCUUGGUUCAGAAGCCCUGUUGGCGGUAGGUGACCUUGGUUCAGAAGCCCUGUUGGCGGUAGGUGACCUUGGUUCAGAAGCCCUGUUGGCGGUAGGUGACCUUGGUUCAGAAGCCCUGUUGGCGGUAGGUGACCUUGGUUCAGAAGCCCUGUUGGCGGUAGGUGACCUUGGUUCAGAAGCCCUGUUGGCGGUAGGUGACCUUGAUUCAGAAGCCCUGUUGGCGGUAGGUGACCUUGAUUCAGAAGCCCUGUUGGCGGUAGGUGACCUUGAUUCAGAAGCCCUGUUGGCGGUAGGUGACCUUGAUUCAGAAGCCCUGUUGGCGGUAGGUGACCUUGAUUCAGAAGCCCUGUUGGCGGUAGGUGAACUUGAUUCAGAAGCCCUGUGCACCAGGUAGGCAAAGUGUUCCCACUUUGAACCUUUUUCAUUUCUCUGAGAAGUCUUAAGUCCGCCUACCCAGCAGACCAGGAGAUCUGUAGCUAAAUCGAGUGUGGCUACUGCGCUGGCCAAUCGGAUAGCUCACGUCACCGUGCCUACAGCUUCCAGCAAAGUUUGAUACUAGCCUACAUGAGAUUUCAAAACCAGAGUGAGACUGUCAAAGAAUACAGCAAAGAGCUGCUGUUUUUAUGACUGAGUUCAUGUUUGUUUUUAUUCAGCACUGUUAAAAAACAUCAAACAGGCUUCUCCCUACUUCCAUUCGACUGCAGCUGCAAUGACUGGAGCCAAGGGUAUCUAUAGCCCUGCCUUCAAGACAACUGGGAACCCAGAGAAAAACUAGAUCCGACUGGGGAAAAAUCGUUUUGAACAGUCAUCCAACUCAGGCAUCUUUCUAGAGCUCCGAUGAUCUGACCUCGUUUUCUUGACAGUUCCCAGUUGUCUUGAAAGCACCAUGACCAUCAGAUGCAGGUACCAUCAGUCCAGUAAAAUAAACAAGAUAAUUAUUUCAAUUUAUUCUCAACUGUGCCUCGCAAGUAAUACACCAACUGAUCUGUUUUGUUAUCAAAGCUCAAGUUGUGAAAUAUAAUAUGGUCUGAGAAUAACAAUACUGGCAGGCCAGGCAUAUAGCCAAUAUGCUGUGAUAAUGUAUUAGGCCUACUGCAUGAACCUCAUUCCUACAGUACUGUUUUUAUUAGGUUCAUGUUACAUUUUAAGUAAUGUUUUUUAAAAACCUGAGUGGUAGAGCUCUGCUUGCUUUGUGACUGUGAAAGUGAUCUAGACAGAGAAAAGGUUGGUGACCACUGGUCUGCAGUAUAUGAAAGGGAUCUAGACAGAGAAAAGGUUGGUGACCACUGGUCUGCAGUAUAUGAAAGGGAUCUAGACAGAGAAAAGGUUGGUGACCACUGCUCUGCAGUAUAUGAAAGGGAUCUAGACAGAGAAAAGGUUGUUGACCACUGGUCUGCAGUAUAUGAAAGGGAUCUAGACAGAGAAAAGGUUGUUGACCACUGGUCUGCAGUAUAUGAAAGGGAUCUAGACAGAGAAAAGGUUGGUGACCACUGCUCUGCAGUAUAUGAAAGGGAUCUAGACAGAGAAAAGGUUGGUGACCACUGGUCUGCAGUAUAUGAAAGCGUCUUCAGUCUUUUUGAAAGGGUCUGUGAUGCAUGUUGUAGUAUAUUAACGAGGUCAGAGUUGGACCAGUCUAAUGAGGGUGGUUUUGUUUUCUAAUAAUAAUCAAUGUGUUCUUUCCAACAGGCCCGUUAUGGAUCUCUGAAGAUCAAAGGGAAACGAAGGCAGGGUCUGAGUGCUUCGACCUACACUGCAAUGUAAUGAACACUCCAGGAGAAGCAUGGAUGUGGCCCAAACACCACCCUUUUCCUUAUAUAGUGCACUAGUGUUGACCAGAGCAGUCUGGGCCCUGGCCCAAAGGUAGUGUAUUCUAAAGGGAAUCGGCUUGUGGGACGGAUCACAAAAUCAGUCAACACUUCAGGAAGAUCUAUUGACAACUCCAACAUCCGUCAGUGCCUGGCUGCUGACAGUACGCAGUCAUUCUCUGGAGAACGGUGCUGAGGAACUGUUCUCCGUCAUUCUCUGGAGAACGGUGCUGAGGAACUGUUCUCCGUCAUUCUCUGGAGAACGGUGCUGAGGAACUGUUCUCCGUCAUUCUCUGGAGAACGGUGCUGAGGAACUGUUCUCCGUCAUUCUCUGGAGAACGGUGCUGAGGAACUGUUCUCCGUCAUUCUCUGGAGAACGGUGCUGA